CCUGAGCGGGCCGCGUGAACCGGAUCCUCUCUGUUCCACUGGUACACUCUGUCCCAGUAGAGUAGACCACCGCACACUUUGUGCUCUGAACGGGCCAGGUCCGUUCCCGAGGGUCCCGUCAAACCCGGUUCUGCUAAACCUCCAUGAAGGCAUGUCAGACGUUGCAUCCUGGAGACCCCAGGAAAAUAGCGAAUGGAGCCAGUCAGCCACAGCCGUGAACAAGGUCUGGAUCUCUUUGGUUGGAGAUCGACUCUAUUUUGCAACCUUAAGGAGUAAGCCGAAAAGCACUGCAAAUACGCAUUACUUUAGCACGGAUGAGGAGUUUGUGUACGAAAACUUUUAUGCUGAUUUUGGACCCCUCAACCUUGCAAUGCUGUACAGAUACUGCUGUAAACUCAGCAAAAAGCUCAAGUCAUUUACACUGACCAGAAAGAGGAUUGUUCACUACACCAGCUUUGACCAGCGCAAAAGGGCUAACGCUGCUGUGCUCAUCGGUGCUUAUGCUGUGAUUUACCUGAAGAAAACUCCAGAGGAAGCCUACAGAGCACUGAUUUCAGGCUCCAAUGCCUCAUAUCUUCCCUUCAGGGAUGCUUCAUUUGGGAAUUGCACAUACAAUCUGACGGUUCUUGACUCCUUGCAAGGCAUUAGGAAGGCCCUUCAGCACGGAUUCUUGAACUUCGAGACGUUCGACGUGAAUGAGUAUGAGCAUUAUGAGCGUGUCGAGAAUGGAGAUCUGAACUGGAUCGUCCCGGGCAAACUUCUUGCUUUCAGCGGUCCACAUCCGAAAAGUAAAAUAGAGAACGGUUAUCCUCUACAUGCCCCCGAGGCUUAUUUCCCAUAUUUCCGCAAGCACAACGUCACCACCAUAGUGCGCCUCAACAAGAAGAUCUAUGAAUCCAAGCGCUUCACAGAUGCUGGUUUCGACCAUUACGACCUGUUCUUUGUGGACGGAAGCACACCCGGUGACGUCAUCACCCGCCGCUUCCUGCACAUUUGUGAGAGCACAGAUGGAGCAGUGGCCGUGCACUGCAAGGCGGGUUUAGGCCGGACGGGGACUCUGAUUGGCUGCUACCUAAUGAAGCACUACCGUUUCACAGCUUCUGAAGCCAUCGCUUGGAUCCGCGUCUGCAGACCCGGCUCUAUUAUUGGACCCCAGCAGCAUUACCUAGAAGAGAAGCAGGCGAGUCUCUGGGCUCAUGGAGACAUUCACCGCUCCAAGCAGCGGCAGUAUGAGGACAGAUCCGUGCCUCACCUUAUCUCUAGUAUAGACAACCUCUCCAUCAGCACCUCCAUCUUUAAAUCCCACAGCUUGGACCGUAUGGAGGAGAAUGAUUACACUGAGAACGAUCUCGGUAUGACACAAGGAGACAAACUGCGUGCCUUAAAGGGUCGACGGCAGCCGAGGUCUGCAACUGCUGGAGCCAUAAGACUCGAGGACAUGAAGAUGCACACCAAGUCUCCAUCUCAGCCUCUCAGCCGAAUGAAACCCACAGCCACUGUCCAGGGUUCCAUCUCCCCCCUAAAAUCCUCCAAAGUCCCACCAUCCUCCUCCGUCUCCGUCUCUGCCUCUGCCAAGCGCAUUGGCCGCUCUUCAUCUUCAUCAACCAACCUCAAGAGCACCAGGUUAGCCAGCUCUUUGGGUAACCUGUACGAACCAAAUGGCGAAGCAAACGGCUCUGGAAAACCACCUUCCCCUUCCUCGUUCACUUCCCAUCCCGUCCGCACGGGCUACAGCAGUCCGAUCGCCCCACACAAUUACCACUAUGAGGUCAACAACAACAACAAUCAUUAUAACACCACCAGCACCCCGAACACCAACGGGGUGAGCCCGAGCAGCGGGGCAAAAAGUGUGACCUACAACCUCAACCACACCGGCCUGAGCGGACCUUCCACCAAUGGAAGGCUGGGGGCCAGUGAACAGGGGCACCACAGAAGCCCCGCGACAGGGCUGAGCGGGCUCUCCGCACGCUACCUCAGCCGGUCCAUUCCUUCCCUUCAGUCUGAGUAUGUUCAGUACUAAAGCCGCCACUUUCCGCUAACCCCCGUCCCGCGCUGCUGGCCUGGUUCCGACCCAUGACGCCUUCACUGUGACCACCAAUUCGCUGGCUUCUUGUCGCAAAGGGGAACGAGGCCAAAAGGAGAUGCUUUUGAAACCGAACGGCUCAUGGUUAGCCUCAUGGUAAUGAUACGUCCUGCUAUGACAGAGCUGAUCUGGAAUCUGCUGCAUGCUGUUAAAAACAACACGAACUUGCCUUGGCCAUCCUUUCAAACCAUCUCUUCUUAUUUUUUUUUAUUUUUUUUUUUUAGAUACUCUCCAUGUAUGAAUAUACAUAGUUGUACUGAAAAAUAUUUUUAGAUGAAGAAUUUUGUACUUUUUUUGUCCUAUUUUAUCUAUGAUUCUUAUGCUCAGCGACGAGGUUUGUUGGAUAUAUUUGUGUCUUUGGAUUAGGGAAUUUGUUCUGACGUAAAUAUCACGUUUUUGUCUCCUGAGUGUACUUACUGAGUAACAUAUCAAGUGCGAGGGCUAUAUUUGAAAGGUGCAAAAUGGUUCGCCAGCCACGUGUCGUCUUCAAAGGGAUUUUUGGCCAGCGAAAGGGAUAAAGAGUGUGUGUUUUCUUUAUUUGGGGUCUAAGGUGGGCUUGUCUCCACGCAACGGCGGACGGCUAAUGAGACCACGACCAAUUUGCAAGCAAACUUAUUUUUCUUUGGAAAAUGAAGGGCUUUGUUUGUUCAGUAUGAGAAACAGGAUGGACUCCUUGUCUUUUUUUCCAUUGUGACAUCAUAAUGUGUGUUAUUAUCAAACUAAUUGAGAUCUGAGCUCUCACGGUUUUCAAGGGCUGUUGAAAACACAAGCACCGACACUUCAUCUUUCACCAGCAACUCUGAAAUAUAAUAAUAUUUUAGAAUAUAGGAGUGAGUUACGAGUUUCUGGCUGCUGGUUUUAACAUGCACCAUUUUUGCAUGAAGUAGCACAAACUGCUUAAGUUAAAAUAUAUAUUAUUAACGAUAACGAAUACUCACUCGCAAGUUGCAACUUUCUAUUAUAGUAGAGGAGCUUAUGUGUAGGCGAUGAUAUGUAUAACAAAACCCUUUAUGUUAUUGCACAUAAUGAAUGUACAAACUAAUCCAGAAAAAUGUAUCCGUUG